AUGUUGGAUUACAUUGUGUUGCCGCAUUCUUUUUGUGAAGAAAAAGUUAAUAGUGAAAAAUUUCUAGAAAUUUCAAAGGAUUUUCCCAUUGGCAGCGAUAAAGAAUUAUCAGAUCUUGUGCUGACUACAGCCUUAGGAAAGAUACGUGGUACUCUGCUAACUUCUCAAUCCGGCCGCAAUUUUUAUGCUUUCCGCGGUAUAAGGUACGCUAAGCCGCCAAUUGAUGAUUUACGUUUUCGUCCGCCCGAGCCGAUAGAACAAUGGUUUACAAUUUACGAUGCGACUUUUGAUGGUCCGAUGUGCCCUCAGCCAGGUCUUAAUAGUGCUGACGUAUCUGAGGAUUGUUUGCGUUUAAAUAUCUACACGAAAGAUCUGCCCAGCGAAAGCAAUCCAAAUGUAAAGAAACCGGUUAUCGUUUUCAUUCAUCCUGGUGGAUUUUACUCACUCUCUGGCCAGAGUAAAAACUUUGCGGGCCCUCACUACUUCAUGGAUCGUAGCAUAGUUUUGGUCACUUUUAAUUACCGGUUGGGAUCUUUAGGAUUUCUCAGUACAGGCACAAAGGAAGCUCCCGGUAAUCUAGGCCUAAAAGAUCAAGUUCUUUUACUCAAAUGGUUGAGAUUGCAUAUAUCACGUUUUGGCGGUGAUCCAAGUUCAAUUACAUUACUUGGUUAUGGUGCCGGAGGUUUUAGUAUAACUUUGCAUUUAGUGUCGCCAAUGUCGCGCAAUUUAUUUCAUAAGGCAAUCAUAAUGAGUGGUUCCGCUACCGGUCAAUGGGAUUUCCCUAAUCAUCAGAUGCACUUAGCUAAACGCCAAGCCCAUUUGCUACAAUGUCCGACCGGCAAUCUAACGGAUAUUAUGAAAUGUUUAAUGCAAAAACAUCAUCUGGAAUUUGCCAACACUCUACCAUACAUGUUUGAAUUUGGACGUCAGAAUCCUUUAAUGCUUUGGAAACCGGUAGUCGAAAAGGAUUUCGGUCAAGAACGUUUUCUUGUCGAACAUCCUGUCAGAACCUAUCAGAACGGUGAGUUCAUGAAGAUACCCAUAAUUAUUGGUAUGACUAAGGAUGAAUUCGUGGGACCAGCGCUAUCCAUUUUGGAAAACGAAACAAUUUUAGAUACUUUUGAGCAUAAUUUCCAUAAAAUCGCUCCAAUCUGUUUCCUUUACGAUGCUAAUAACAAUUCAAAGUCACUUAAUAUUAGCGACGAGUUGUGGAAAUUUUAUUUCAAAAGCAAACCGAUAGAAUUAAAUGAUUUGGCUCAUCUUUAUUCGGAUGCCUUAACUGGUUUCGCAACACAUCGUUUCGUUAACUUGGUAGCGCGUUACACAAAAAUUUAUUACUAUCAGUUUUCUUAUCCCGGCCAGCGGAGCUAUAUUUAUUUUCCAGACAAUGAACCUUACGGUGUAGUUCAUCACGACGAUCUUAUGUAUCUGUUUGUCAUCCCAGCUGUAAGCCGUAUAUUCACUGAGGACGACGACGAAUUGCAUAUGGCCAUCAUUUUAACAAAAAUGUUUACGGCAUUUGCUUACAAGGGGGAUCCCAAUAAGCCGAGUGAUGAAAAAUUACGUGAUAUUCGUUGGCGACCAUUCAGCUAUAAACGGCAAUAUUAUCUCGACAUUGGCGAUAAUUUAGUGAUGCGUGGAGGCUUAAAUCUUCAACGCUAUGAGCUAUGGAAACGUUUAUUCCCACUUAAUUGGAGGCGUCUAAAUUAA